UGCUUGGCCUAGGCCGGUUAGCAGAAGGUACUGAGUUGGGAAGACAGUUGUGGGGCUUGCGGUGCUGCAAGGGCACUCCGGGUCCAGGAGCUUCCGAGCGGACCCGAUUUUCCGCGGAUGUUUAAGGAGUAGAGCUUCCGUAGCCGGGGAGCUGGAGGGGAACCUGAUUUGAGGUCAAUUCUCGGAGAACACAAAGAAGUGUGGUGGUAUGUUCCAGGAUUGAACCAGCUGCCCUUUGACCCUGCCAACAACAACGAACCCCUGCAGUUUGGUAGUGCCAGUGUCCCUCUGGUCACAGAUGGCCUCAUUGCGAAUGGAGGGGAUUCAAGCAAGAAAAGAAAGAGAACAAAUACUCCUGCAGCUGAUAGUGCUAGACCUCUGAACGUAGAUUCUACUGCAAUGACGCUGCCUGUGUCUGAUCCAACUGCGUGGGCCACAGCAAUGAAUAAUCUUGGAAUGCCACCACUGGGAAUUGCUGGACAACCAAUUUUACCUGACUUUGACCCUGCCCUUGGAAUGAUGACUGGAAUACCACCGAUAACUCCACUGAUGCCUGGUUUGGGAAUAGUGCCUCCGCCAAUUCCUCCAGACAUGCCUGUAGUAAAGGAGAUCAUACACUGCAAAAGCUGCACUCUCUUCCCUCCCAACCCAAAUCUCCCACCACCUGCAACACGAGAGAGGCCACCAGGAUGUAAGACAGUAUUUGUGGGUGGCCUGCCUGAAAAUGGGACCGAACAGAUCAUUGUGGAAGUAUUCGAGCAGUGUGGAGAGAUCAUUGCUAUCCGGAAGAGCAAAAAGAACUUCUGUCACAUUCGCUUUGCUGAGGAGUUUAUGGUGGACAAAGCCCUUUAUCUGUCUGGUUACCGAAUUCGCCUGGGCUCCAGUACUGACAAAAAGGACACAGGCCGGCUGCAUGUUGACUUUGCCCAGGCUCGGGAUGACUUGUAUGAGUGGGAGUGUAAGCAGCGCAUGCUAGCAAGAGAGGAGCGGCACCGUAGACGGAUGGAAGAAGAAAGACUGCGUCCACCUUCUCCACCCCCAGUGGUCCACUAUUCGGAUCAUGAGUGCAGCAUUGUUGCUGAAAAACUGAAAGAUGAUUCCAAAUUCUCGGAAGCUGUGCAGACCUUGCUCACUUGGAUAGAGAGAGGAGAGGUGAACCGCCGCAGUGCCAACCACUUCUACUCCAUGAUCCAGUCGGCCAACAGCCACAUCCGCCGCCUGGUGAACGAGAAAGUAGCCCAUGAGAAAGAGAUGGAAGAAGCAAAAGAAAAGUUCAAACAGGCCCUUUCUGGAAUUCUUAUUCAGUUUGAGCAGAUAGUAGCUGUGUACCAUUCUGCUUCCAAACAGAAGGCAUGGGACCACUUCACAAAAGCCCAGCGUAAAAACAUCAGUGUCUGGUGCAAACAAGCUGAGGAAAUUCGCAACAUUCAUAAUGAUGAAUUAAUGGGAAUCAGGAGAGAAGAGGAAAUGGAAAUGUCUGACGAUGAAAUAGAAGAAACGACAGAAACAAAAGAAACGGAGGAAUCAGCCUUAGUCUCACAGGCCGAAGCUCUGAAGGAGGAAAAUGACAGCCUCCGUUGGCAGCUAGAUGCCUACCGGAAUGAGGUGGAACUGCUCAAGCAAGAGCAAGGCAAAGCCCAGCGGGAAGAUGACCCAAACAAGGAGCAGCAGCUGAAGCUCCUGCAGCAGGCCCUGCAAGGAAUGCAACAGCAUCUGCUCCAAGUCCAAGAGGAAUACAAAAAGAAAGAAGCUGAACUUGACAAAAUCAAAGAUGACAAGUUCCAGGUGGAACAAAUGUUGGAAAAUCUUCAAGAUAAGGAAAGCUGUGGUUCUAAACUGUGUGCAUCAAGCGAGGAAAGUGACUUACCUCUUGAGAAGACCUUGACCGGCACUCCUGUUAAAUCUGAACGUGAAGCACUGCUAGUGGGGAUCAUCUCCACAUUCCUUCAUGUUCACCCAUUUGGAGCAAGCAUUGAAUACAUCUGUUCCUACUUGCACCGUCUUGAUAGUAAGAUCUGCACCAAUGACGUGGAAUGUCUCAUGACUAGACUCCAGCAUACCUUCAGACAGGAAAUGACCGGAGUUGGAGCCAGCCUAGAGAAGAGGUGGAAAUUCUGUGGUUUUGAGGGCUUGAAGCUGACCUGAAUCUCUUUGCCUAGCAGUUUGGGAUCCUGAAAAUAAAUUUGUGCUGAACAAGUUUAGGAUGUGAUUUUGUAUUCUCAGUGGUUGUCACGUGGACAUUGCUUUCAAUUUGUCAGUUCAUUCCUGAGUAUCUUUCAAGUUAAAAUAAGGAUCCUAGAACAGCACCUCAAGCUACAGGUCCGAAAAAGAAAUUGCCUCAAACCUCAAGUGCUGUAACUCCCUCCUAUUUCUGGCAAUUGCUUGUCUUUUCUUCUAAGUAGUAUUGAAAAAUUCCUGAGGCUAAAAAGUAUUUGGAAUGUUUUCAGUGUCCGUUACUACUGUUGUAGACCUUGUACUUUUCAGCACUGUUACUUGGUGAUUUGUGUGUGGUUUGUGUUUCCAGACUUCUCUUCACGUGUUACUACUUGUAAAAAGGAAUAAGAGGAGUGUUAGAACUCUCUGCAACUGCCAUUGUCUUUCCAAUCCACAGUAAACAGUGAAUGAAGAAACCAUUCGUGUCUUCUACAGGGUGCUUUACCAGUUCACCUUUAAAACAAAAAAAAGCAUGAACUGUGGUUUUUUGUAAAAAUAUUGUGAACCAAAAGUUGACAAACGUUCCAAAGUUAUUUUCUCUAAUAGAUAGAAGGUCUAUUUCAGAAUUUUCAAGCAAGAACUCAAGGUGGAUUCGUGGAAAGUCUCCAGUGUGACUGCUAUUGUGUUUUUGCGUUUUUCAGCUGCUUGUAAAUAACCUGCUUUUAAAAGAGGGCAUGUUUAGUUUUCUAUAAAUUAAAAUGCAGUCAGGCGUGGGCACACGUGCACAUAUCGGCAGAAGGGAUUUAUUUUACUAGUCUUUCCCUUCUGGCCUUCUCAAAGUCUGUUGGUCCCUUUCUUCCUGCUCUUAGUGUGUUGACUUGCAGACUCUGUGCUGCUGUAAAUGCUGUUUACUUCAUGCUAACUGUUUGUAAAGAUCUGACGUGAAUAUUGAACAUAAUGAACUAAUGAGUAACAGGUGGGGUGUGUGAGGCUUCCGGCACGUACGUCAGCUCCACUCAGAAUGCUGACUGACAGGAAUACCUCUGACUCAGCUGUGCCCAUCUCUCCAUUGCAAUGGCCUCGCCAAGUUUAAGUGGACCAUUCAGGAAGUCCUGCUUGAUGGAAAAAGAAAAGAGCAUAAUUGGAGGCUGUUAUCCUAAGGUAGAGAUGGCCUUUCUUCUUUUUGUGGUGGUGAUGGUGGAUGGUGGUACUUCUAAUUCCACAAGCAUCCUCCCUGGAGUUCAGUUGAAGGUAAAAAAAAAAAAAUGCAAGAGUGAGCACAGAGGCAAUGGGAGUAUUUCCUGAAAAUACCUUGCAAAUGAGAUGUGGGUGGUGUUCAAUGAUGUAUUUUUAAAAUACAAAUAUUCCCUUUUAUACCUCAGCUUUGUGUUAUGUUUUGAAUGAUUUGCUUCCUAUGGGAUUCUUUAGAUCAUCUCGGGUUCCCUUUGAGUUACCAGGAUGUUGGAAGAAGAUGGCAAACUUGCUUGAUGACUAGAAAUAGCAUUCCACAGCAGUCCAUUCAUCCUAAAAGUUGGCUUGCCCCACAAGCACCCCACUGUGGCCCCAGCAGGAAGCUAGAGUUAUUUUUAUAUUAGCUUCCUCACUAGAGCAUCUCUGCCAUCCAGGCUGCUGCUCAAGAAAGCUUUGAUUCGUCCGCCUCGGGGGUUCCUGAAGUACCUUCUUUUUGACCAUGUCUGUAAAAUCAAGAGAAAAUUUCCACUUGCCACUUGUUUCUUAAAUAAGUUAAAUAAAAUUAAAUGUCAAGGCUGCCGUACCUAAA